AGUAGCCGCAUAUUCGCGUAGACAUGGCGACCCUCGGUCACGGCCGCCGUGGAGCAGCUCUCCGCUUCCCAGCCGCUGUACGCUCCGUUACGAGCCUCUUCCUACUCCUGCUCUUUCAGCGGGCUCAGGGCACCCGGCUGUACUCCAGCGAGGACCCGCUGACGAUACUGACCAGCGACACUUUGAAGGAAACCCUGCGCAACUCCUCCGCCGCCUGGCUGGUCCAGUUUUACUCGUCCUGGUGCGGCCACUGCAUCCAGUACUCCCCGACAUGGAAAGCGCUGGCCGGGGACGUGAAAGACUGGGAGCAGGCUAUCAGGAUCGGUGUGCUGGACUGUGCCUACGAGAAGAACUUCGACAUCUGCAAGGAGUUUGAGAUCCAUUUCUACCCCACCUUCCGGUACUUCAAAGCACGCAGCAACACGUUUGAUGUUGGAAAGACAUACCGAGGACCGGACAGGGAGCUGCAGACAGUGCGACAGCUGAUGGUCAACUUCCUCCAGAACCACACUAAAGACGACUGGCCUGUAGGGUGCCCCCCACUGGAACCCUCCAGGUCAGACGAUGUCCUCUCCCUGCUGGGGCAGAAAGCUGACCGGUACACCGCCAUCAUCAUCGAGGACGAGGACUCGUACGUGGGCAGAGAGGUGAUUCUGGACCUGAUGGUGUACGAGGGGGUGAGAGUGACGAGGGUCGUGAGCACAGACAGGGCCCUCCUGGAGAAACUGGGGGUCACCGCGGUCCCGUCUGCGUACCUCCUGCACCCCAACGGGACACACGGCCUUAUGGAUGUGCAGAAACGUCUGCGUUUCUUCUUCUCCUCCUUCCUGAAGCUUCUCCCAGGAGUGCACAGGAAGCAGAGCAACUCAGCCCGGGAACCAGUGCAUGCUGGGAGUAGAGGGCAUGGGGCAGCAGAGGUGUGGAAGGAGUUUGACAAGUCUAAGGUGUACAUGGUGGACCUGGAGUCGGGGCUGCAUUACCUGCUGAGGGUGGAGCUGGCCAGCCAUCAGUCACUGGAGGGAGAAGAGCUCAAGACCUUCAAGGACUUUGUUACAGUAGUUGCCAAGCUGUUUCCGGGACGGCCGUCUGUGGUGAAGCUGCUAGAGACCCUCCUGGAGUGGCUGGUCAGCCUUCCACUGGAGCGGAUCCCUUACGACGCCAUCCUGGACCUGGUCAACAACAAGAUGAGGAUUUCGGGGAUGUACCUGAGCGACCGGCUGCAGUGGGUGGGCUGUCAGGGUAGCCGGCCGGAGCUGCGGGGGUACCCCUGCUCACUGUGGACUCUCUUCCACACCCUGACCGUGCAGGCUGCGCUGAGACCGGACGCCCUGGCCAACACUGGGCUGGAGGAGGACCCCCUGGCGGUGCUGCAGACCAUGCGCAGGUACAUCGGCACGUUUUUCGGCUGCCAGGAGUGCGGCCGGCACUUUGAGGAGAUGGCGAAGGAGUCCCUGAGCCAGGUGCGCUCGCUGGACCAGGCCGUGCUGUGGCUGUGGAGGAAACACAACCAGGUCAACAGCAGGCUGGCAGGGGCGCUGAGCGAAGACCCGCGUUUCCCGAAGACGCAGUGGCCGACCCCGGACCUGUGCCCGGCGUGUCAUGAGGAGCGGGACGGCCUGCACGUGUGGAACGAGGAGCGCGUGCUGGCCUUCCUCAGACUGCACUACGGCGCCGCCAACAUUUCCCCCAAAUACGCCAGCAGCGCCAGCGGCCCGGAGCCAGGGGGCGCCGGCGAGCUGCAACCGCCACAGAGCCAGGGCGGGGCCCCUCCCGAGGGCCCGGACCACCCCCGCCCGGGCGACGCCGCCGCCCCCGACGACGGCCCAGCCCCCGAGAAGCAGCGGGCGUCCGGAGGGGCGGGGGAGGGGGGCACGGGGGUGCGGAAGGAGGCGCGGCCGGGGGUCAGCUUCCUGGGCCUGGGCUUCUCCAACGUGGACAUGAGCCUCUGUGUGCUGCUCUACGCCUUCUCUUGCGUCUUCCUCAUGCUCAUGUUCUUCUUCUUUCGCAUGCGCUCCAAGAGGUGGAAGGUCCGGUACAGCCGGCCCUACGUAUAGCAGGCUGGCGCCACCUGCUGGCCCGGAGUCCAGACUCAGCUUGAGAGGAGGAGAAAUGACCCUCAGACUGCCAAUAUCUGUCCCUCUAGCCCCAGCUGAAGGAACCUCCUGAGUUUUCAGUUUAUUUUUUUAAUCCUUGUUUUUGUUGAAAUCUCAUCUAUGAUUAGUGAUGUACUCGAAUGUGAAGAGACUCCCAGCAUGAAGGAGGGGUCCCACGGGAGGGCCGGACCCUGUGGGCGGGGCUUCCUGGGGGGGCGGAGGAACCUUCACGCUCUGCCAUACCGUCUCAGACCUUCUGUGAUAUCAGCGAUGCCUCUGUGUCAUGUGACCGAAGCCUGCGGUACAGCAGUGCAGAGGAAAGCGGUCAGAUAUGGCUGGAGAAGCUGGAAUGGAUGACCGUCACAACAGUGUAACUGGAACCCGUUGAAUGAAUUUGUCACGGGAGAGUGACCGCUGAGUAUUUUCCUGUUUUGUAGCUUUUGCUGUGAAGUGAAGCUGUAUUGGUAGCUUGUUUUAUUUUGUCUGUUCAGAAGACCAGAUCACAUGUCAUACCUCUUUCCCCAGCCAGACUUUGUGUAUUCAGUGCUCACAUCAGCUGAGUUUAAUCUCUUUAUGUGCAGUCAUGAAGUCAGUGAGACCUCACGCAUUGUGGUCAGCUUCCUGUUCUGAUGUAUAUUGCGUCCUGAUUGGCUGGAGGCUGCAGACGUCAGCAUGGCGUCCUUUUCGGAGGCAUCCGGAAGCUUCUGUAAUGGUUCAUACUGAGGUCACAGCUGCUUGUGGCGACAGUCAGCGGUGAAAUGCAAGCUUAUGUGGGUAUCUGCUGUAAAGUGCAAGCUAAUGAUGGUUUCCAUGGUAAAGCACAAGCUUCUGACAGUAUCUACAGUAAAACAUAGCAUUUUCUGUGUUAGAACGCAAGCUUUGUGAUGAUUUCUGCAGUGUAAUGCAAGAUGUGACCGUUUCUGUAUUGAAACACAGGGUUGUGACGGUGUCCUCUGUAAAAUGUACCACGCGUAAAACAGCUCUCUUUCCCUGGAGCCCAAUGCAGCUGUCACCUUUGACCGUCCGUUCUCAGCGUUUGCCUUUAACGCUUGUGUUUUCUGGUGGGUUGGUGUCAUAGUGGCUCAUUUCGAGUUGCUGUAAAAUAGGCAAAACUUUGCAGCUGAUGGUUCCGCUAGCAAAUGUACCGCAAGCAUGUAGUGUGAGUUUCAGACACACCCCUGACCUUUGCCAGAGGAGCUUAUGAAGACUCUAAGCUAACACAACCUUUCUGUCAGUAUGAUGUUAAAGUCUUACAGAGAAGUACUUAACUGAGAUGGAGAUGAAGUAUAUACAUUCUCAUGAACGUUCUUCACUUUAGAGAAGGACAGAAAAUUAUCCAUUUUGUAUUUAUUUUUUAUAUUAGAAAAUGACCGUUUUGGAGAAAUAUAUAAAUGGAUCAGUGUGUGGAGCAGUAGUAUGCACACAUGGUUGCAAUAGGAUUCCCUCAGUUUUAUUAUUGUCAUGACAAUGGAUGAUAAGAUGUUUUCAGCAGGUAUCUGUUGAAUAUGAGGCAGCCAGUAUGAAAGUAAAUAUUUUCAUGAGUGUUUAGUUAGUUGAACGUCAGUGGGAAUGGGAAAUAAAUCUAGCUUACUAUUUAUUCUGUGAUUGUAUGUGAUUCGGAAUUUAGUUCCAUUUUUUGUGUAUUUAUCAUUUGCAUUAUGAGAGUGUCAGCGUGAUUACUACCUUCUCUCUCUCUGGUCUUUGGGUCCAGUUCAGCCUUCUGCCAGAGCAGAUAGAUGCCAAUCCUGGUCAUUAGCCUUAAUGUUUUUAUAGGUCUCACUUUUUCCUGGGCCUUUACUGUAAGCGUCACUCCAUGUCUGGAAACACGUUGCCUUGUCUGGCUGGUGACCUCAUCACGAUAAAGGGAUUGUGAAAGGAAGGUUCUGGAACGUUGCGUUGUCAUGGGGAAACCUCAUGCUGUGUCCAUGGUUCUGUGGUUGGCUGCAGUGCUCAGUUUGGACUGUGAACAGUGACAGUGAGCUGGCUGAAGAGGACGAGUGUGCUCCUCAAUCCAGGGGGGUGCACUUUGAUUGGCUGAAGACUUUGCACUUCACAAGUGGAGGCUGGGAGCCCACAGAAACCGUGAUUCUAGACAACAGGUCAUGGAACAGCAUAUUUUGGAGACAGUAGAUUCUGAAGUAGUGGGCUCUAGAGACCGUGGGGCCUAGAACUGCAUGGUUUUGUUCUGGAACAGUAAUUUCAAGUGACAUUUCGUUCUGGAACAGUUAUUUUUAGAAACAUUUGUUUCUGGUGAUAUCUGGGGGGCUCUGGAAGAGUGAUAAUUAGAGACAGAAGGUUCUGGAACUGCAACUGGUUCUUUUGCUGACUGACAUUGGUCUUUCUUCCCAGUGGGAGAGAGUGAACCCGGCCCAGAAAUAGAACAAGAAAAGCAAACCUGUAAAGCCAUAGGGAAGACCUUACUGAUUUUUUGUCCUUAUAGUCCCUGACUUUCUAUGUUUUAGGACAAAUUUAUUAACCCUAUAAUAGGACAAAGGUAAAUUUGUGUCAAAGACUGUUGAUGCAAAGUAUUGUAUUGUAAUUACAUUUUAAGUUAUUGAUGAUUGCAUUCAGGCUCAGAUACUUGAAACUUAUUUGACUUAAGCUGUCUGAAGUGUGUGAACUGCCAACGCUCUCUUCAGUGUACUGUGUGCUUCUGCAAGCAGUGCAGGUUUAAGCUUCUCUUACAGGACCGAAAGAAUAUACUUGUUAAAGCAUGAUUCAAAUGGAAAAAGAGGAAAUUGUGGAUAUUUUCAGGAGAUUUGAAUCUAGAGCAGCUGAUGGUUGUAAGAUGUACUCCAGUGAAAGUCUCAUUGUGGGUUUAUGGUGGUGUCAGCCUGCAUAGCCACAUCUAGAAGGCGAAUCGACCUUAGGUGUGAGACUAGUCAGUAUCUUCAGUAUUUUGAAAGGUUGGUUAGGGGGCACAUGGCUCUUACUCCGAGAAAUGGUGUAAUGUGUGGAGCAGACUGCACACAGGCCUCCCAGCUGUGUUCCGUCUCCUGCCGAUGUUUCCAGCCCCAGCUUGUGUUUCUCAGAUGAAAAACAGACCCGGUUUGAGCCGAGGGUGGAGAUUUGUGCUGGUCACGUGGGUGGCCUUAAAGCACUGCUGCAAGUUAACUGCUUUAAAUUGUUUGCUUUGUCUUUUGUUUUACUGUUUCAAAGAUAUAUUACAAUUAGUUUAUGUAAACCUGUAUAUUUUUAUUUAUUUUUGAGAGAAUUUA